AAAACCAAACCCAAACAAAAAACCAAGAAGGAGGAAGCAAGAGGGUGUAACCAACUCACUGGGCAUCAAAUUUCUGCAGAGACCUAUUCUGGAGGUACUGACUUGAAACAAUGUUAGCAUUCAAGAGCCAGGCAACCUCAGCUGUUAAUUUGUGUUUUGUCUCAGAUCUCAGAAUCUGACAACUAUUCAACCUGGUUAGAAUACGAUUAAAAUAUUAGAAAUAAUUACUGUAUUUGUAUCCUGUAGCAGAGAAAUCUGGUGGGGUUAUUUUUCUGAAAUUUGAGCACCUUAUUCAAAACUUGAAUUCUUUUAACUCUUAAAGAAGAUGGAGUAAGCUUCCAUGAUCUGCCAAGAAAUGGAAUACAGCUGUCAAAAAUUUAAAAAAAAGAGCUACUUAGAAGUCCUUCAUUAACGAUCACCUCUCGAUUCACUGCCUAUUUGUACCCAGUUAAAACCUCAACAUGAGGAGCUGGGUAUAUGUGCAGUCUGUACUGUUGUCCUUCACUGACACCGAUUAGUCUGCAUACACAAGUACAUGAGGAAAGAUUAAAAAUCUAGAACUCAAAACAUUUAUGCUGUUUAAUGCUUGUGAAGUGUUUGAGUCUGUAAAAUGUGUGCUAAUGUUAAACUCUUCUGAUCAAUCAAGUUUACAAGGGAAAUCAGUGGCUAAGUUGUUUUGAAAAGACUACUAGAAAAUUUACAUAAGCAUUGUCUUAAGAAAGGGCGCAGAUCAUCUGAAAUUGUGUUAUGGUCAGGAUUGUUUAUUUUUUCUUGCAUGCUAAUUUAUGAGGUUAUAAUUUUCCUCUGGCUUUGGCCUCUUUGCUCACCUCUGAGUCAUGACAGAGCACACAGGGCUGGUUUCUUUCUGGCUCUUGCGCUGAAAAUCUCUGCUCAAGCACAUGGGGAGUAACCUGUUUUGUAAAAGAAGCACCUUCGUCUUGCAAUUUGAUUUACUUUGUAUUAAGAAGAUGUCUUAAUGUUUGGGUAGUAAUAAGUUGCUUGAGUCACUUAAAAACCUUCAGCCUCCCUGAGGUAGGAUCAGGUGUUUACACGGCUCCUGAGGUUUUGCUCAAGGGAGCUGGGAGGUCCCAGUAUUUACUGCAGCCUGGGCUGGUGUGAUGCAAACACAGCCACGAUGGCCCCAACGAGUCUGUUCUCCUUGGGCUGGGCUGUGUGAGGCAAAUAGGUUGCUCUGAACAACCUGAUCUAGCUGAAGAUGUCUCUGCUUAUUGCAGGGGGGUUGGAUUAGGUGCCCUUCAAAAGGUCCCUUCCAACUCAAACUAUCUAUGAUUCUGUGAUUAAAAAACUAUUUUUCUUAGGUAGAAUUUGUAUUUCUAGUCUAGGCUAGUAUUCAUGUGAGUUUUGAAUUGGGCAUUCCUGCCAUGUUGCACAGAUUUAAAUCCAUCAACAAAAUUCCAUCCUAGGCCUGGCCCCUUAGCUCCUACAUGUUCACUACAUAUGGCUUGAUAACAUUUUUGGGUUUUUUCAGAGUCUUGCCCUUUGGAGAGCCAUGCUCAGUGAGAAGUGAUGGCUAGAGCAUUUCCUUUCUCUUGGUAAGGCUCAGCGUUUGCCACUGAUGAAUUUCACUUCUUGUCUAUAAUGCUCCCAUUGCUCCGAUCCCUCUGGAUCAUUUGCAGUUUGAGUCUGCCUCCUCUGCUUGCUCCCUCUCUGAUUUGGGUGCCAUCAGCAAGUCUGGUUGCUGUUGAAUUUGCACCACAGAAAUCCGUGACACAGAUGAGGCUCAUGGCCGGGUUUGACCCCCCUGCAGCAGCCCAGGAGGGGCAGCCCCGAGUUUCUGUUGCUGACAGGCGUGCUAUGGAAACCACUGAGGAUGCUCCUGCUUCAGCUGUGACACUGCCGGGUCAGGGGCCAUAUCAGGUGCUCUCUGAAGUACCAACAGCGUUGUGAGAGGCAGGACACGAGGCUGGGUUACAGGGCUGCGUUACGACAUAUUUUGCAUAAACUUCACAUGAGAGAACUACCACCGGACUUCUAUUCAUAGCUGGUUCAAGCCACUUGUUCAUCCACAUUCACAGAAAAAAAUACCUAGUAGGGAGCAGUGAAGCAUCUUUGACAAAACUUCCUGUUGGAAUGCCUCACAUCAAUGCAGCUGCAGCUCUGCAGAUUUCCAUGCUGCUCUUUGCUCUUCCUGCACAGUAUUUCAUAUCUCAGUGGUACGGAACGGACUCUGCCGAGCGCAUCCAAAUAACAGAAAGGAUAAUUGCCUCUUGGAGCAUCUCAACAAGAUCUUACUUGAGUCUGGAUGCGUGGGCAGAUUGUUUGAAGCUGUGGCUCUCAAAGACAAGGAAUUGGUACUAUGGAGAGAGCAAAACUAAAAGCAGUGACAAUGAAGCAAAAACCCAUUCUUAUCUUGCAGAAUCAGCUCAUGUUCACAGUCCAAAGCCUGAAUAUAUUAAGUUCCGUGUGGGCCAGGUAAUAAUUCACAGAAGAUUUGGCUACUCAGGAGUCAUUGUUGGAUGGGAUGUAAAAGCUACCACUCCAGAAGAACAACUACAACCCAGAUAUCCUCCAGUGAAACAGGAUCUAAAAGAUACUCCUCACUAUCGAAUUCUAAUUAACAAAGCAAAUGGAUUUGGCCAAUCUACAGCUUAUGUUUCUGAGGAAGAGAUAACCGUUAUUGUGGGAUUAGAGGUGUAUCACCCUGAUAUGGAAACCUACUUCAGUGGAUACGAUGGAUCAAAAUACAUUAUGCAGCCAUGGUUGAAAAAACUCUACCCUCAUGACUGAGUACUUCAGUGUCUGUACAUGUGAUGUACAU